AAAAUAGAUGCUUCUACAAAGUACAAGCCGUCACCGCAAAAUUGAACAUUAUGCUGGGUUCCGUUGAACUAUGAAAUCAAGGAUACGCUAUCCAAAACCUGUGUUAUAGAUUCUAUCCGAAUUUACCAUUUUUGCCAUGACUUCUCUGCUUCAAAUCUCCAUCUUAAACACUCUUCACGAUGACGUAUGCAAGAAAUUCAUUUAUUCUCACUCUCUACCAAGUUCAAGGAUUACUUCUUUUAAUCGAAACAGAUCUAAAUUGAGGGCGAAUAGAGAGAAAUGGAGUUUAUUGGAAAUGGGGAGGGGGAAAGAUGGGAUUUUGGUAAAACAUGAGGUGUGGAAAAGGAAGAGGAGGGUGGUUUUGGUGAGUUUUAAUCAGGGCUUUGGGUUUAAUGGUGGUGGCGGCGGCGGCGGCGGCGGUGGUGGAAGAGAUAACAGUAGCACUAUUAGACUUCUGGGUAAUGUUGCUUUGGCAAUUGGCUUGACUUACCUUUCAAUGACUGGGCAGCUUGGUUGGAUUUUUGAUGCUAUUGGCUGGGUUUUAGACUUGGUUAUUUCUAUUUGGCUCCUGGCAGUACUAAUACCUAUUGUUGGUUUGGGAGCUUUCCUCUGGUGGGCAGGACGGGAUAUACUUCAAGGCACUUGCCCAAAUUGUGGAAAUGAUUUUCAGAUUUUCAAAUCCACUCUGAAUGAUGAAUUGCAGUUGUGCCCCUUUUGCAGUCAACCGUUCUCAGUAGUGGAAGAUGAGUUCGUGAGGGAUUCUGUAAAAUUCUCCAACAGUUCAACAACAUUUGGACAGGCAUUUGGUGACUUCUCUGCUGCUUCCAAGAACGGAAAGGAUUCUUCUUCAGUUGUUGACAUUGAAGCAGAAAUAAAAGAUGCAGACUGAGGCCUUAAAUAAAUGAUGCAGAAUAGGGCCUCAGACAGAAUACUAUGCUGUGGCAUUUUGCAUUUUAUUCAUCUCCAUCCUACUUAUCAUCCAAGUUAAAGAGCAGGUGAUGGUGGAGGACCUUUGCAUGAUCAACUGGAACAACCCUGAGUGCACAGCCAUGAUAAUGCAGGAGUAAUAACUACCCAAAUUAAAAUGCUGUAUUCUAAAAUUUUUGCAAUGUUACAUUUUCUACUGGAGCUCAGUAGACUAGCCUGUAUAUUUUGCUCGCAUAUCUUGUUAAUUUUCUUGUUACUCUGAGCUGUGAUGUUCUGAGCUUUUAGGACAAAAACUAGAAAUUGUUUACAGUUGUAAAAACUUGUGAAUUGCUGUCUGUAGACAUUUUGAGUUUACAUUUUCAUCCAGAAUUGAAUAUUGUGAGUAAAAGAUUAGUUACCCUUGGUUA